ACCAACCAGAGUCUCGCUUGGCAACGAUACCUCCAUUAGUCUUUCGAAAAAUAGCAACAGCGUAGACCAACAUAAGCAAACAGAAUGUAGCAUAAGUGGUGUUAAACAUUGACUUAUUUUCUGUUAAUUGUGCACAAGGAUUUAUCAUCAACAUGUUCCAUCGGCGCUAAACAUAUCGGAUAAUUUAAGGCUGUGAAUUGCCGUGUUUAUCGGAACAUGUCAACUCGCGUAAAACCAUUGCCAGUGCCUGUACAAAGGACUCGAUCUCUUUUGACUACAGGCGACAUGUACACUCAUACAAUCGAUGGAUCCCAUCAUUUGCCUCCGAUUUCAAGCCAAACGGUAGGUGGGGCAUCUCAUAGCGCGCAUGUGGCUGCAGCAGGACCAAAAGUAACUCAACUUUAUGAAGACCAUAAGCAUCAUGAAAAAAGAGAGCACAACCAACAUGGCGUCGUUCCGGAAGAAACAACGAAUAUGUCGGUUGUCAGGCCCAGCUCCAGUGCUGGAAGUGUUGGGUCAAAGUCUGGCUCAGCAGCAAGGAGGAACAAUUCUAUGAGCCCAGAAACGGCAAUGAAGCAGUACAUGCAUAAAUUGACAUCUUUUGAGCAUCAUGAAAUUUUCAAUUAUCCAGCUAUCUUUUUCGUUGGACAAAAUGCUAAAAAGAGACAAGGUGUGGUAGGUGGAGCAAAUAACAAUGGUUAUGAUGACGAGAAUGGCUCAUACAUACAUGUACCACAUGACCACAUAGCUUAUCGUUACGAAGUUUUGAAAGUGAUAGGAAAAGGAAGCUUUGGUCAAGUUGUGAAAGCCUACGAUCACAAGGUACAGUCCCAUAUAGCGUUGAAAAUGGUUCGUAAUGAGAAGAGAUUCCACAGACAAGCUCAGGAAGAAAUUCGAAUUUUAGAACAUUUGAAGAAGCAAGACAAGGACAAUGCAAUGAACAUUGUUCACAUGUUAGAGCAUUUUAGUUUCCGCAAUCAUAUUUGUAUAACAUUUGAAUUGCUCAGUAUGAAUUUGUAUGAACUGAUUAAGAAAAACAAAUUUCAAGGAUUUAGCUUACAACUAGUUAGGAAAUUUGCACACUCCAUCUUGCAAUGUUUAGAUGCUCUUUACAAAAAUAGAAUCAUACAUUGUGAUCUCAAACCAGAAAACAUCCUCCUGAAACAACAAGGAAGGAGUGGUAUAAAGGUCAUAGACUUUGGUUCCAGUUGCUACGAGCAUCAGCGUAUUUACACGUAUAUCCAGUCAAGGUUUUACAGAGCUCCAGAAGUCAUUUUAGGAGCAAAGUAUGGAAUGCCAAUUGAUAUGUGGAGUCUUGGCUGCAUUUUAGCAGAAUUGCUAACUGGGUAUCCACUGUUUCCUGGAGAAGAUGAAGGGGACCAACUCGCAACUAUCAUAGAAUUGCAGGGCACACCUCCACAGAAGUUGCUGGACCAAUCAAAGCGGGCACGUAACUUUAUUAGUUCUAAAGGGCAUCCACGAUACUGCACAGUCACAACAUUGCCAGAUGGCAGCACUGUUCUUCAGGGUGGACGGUCACGACGCGGCAAAACUAGAGGCCCUCCAGGAAGCAAAGAUCUUGUUACAGCGUUGAAGGGAACAGAUGAUCCUCUGUUCCUUGAUUUCAUGCGCCGAUGCCUUGAGUGGGACCCAACAUCACGUAUGAAUCCUGGUCAGGCCCUUAGACAUGCAUGGUUGAGACGACGUUUACCUAAACCCCCACCAGCAAAUGAAAACCGACAGGACUCUGCCAACAGGAAAAAGAUUGGUACAGCGAACACUAGCACCAUAGUGUCUAAAAUUGGAAGCUCAUCUAGCGGAAAGGCCCGCCAAGCAUACAUUCAGGACAAUGACCAAAUGUUGAACGCUAGAACAAAAUUACCACAGAUUGGUUCUACAAUGUAGAAUACUUUUUGACAGAACAAAUGUUUUGAAAUGCAAUCAAUUAUCUUUUACCCGUCCACAUAAUGCCUUACUCAGAUUAACAACAAAUCACUAAUUUUGUGAUGUAUCAAAGUUUUAUGUGUGAGUUUGAAAACAUCAGCGCAAAAUGUGGAUUUAUAACCUGGAAUUAAUUUGUGAUACUUUACCAAUUAAUAAAGUUAGUUUUGAGCAUUCAUCAAUUGUUGUGAUUUUGUACUUGUUCACACAAUGUGCUGUUCAGUGGAACAUAUUGUUCAAUAUAAUUGUGCUUAGUGGUUGUGUACCUGUGUGUAACAAUGCUGAUGUUGUUAAUUGUUUAAGAGUGAGAGGACUUUAUCAGUAUUUAUUUUACAUGACAUUAACUUCAUUCUUGGGUGAACUUCCUAAGUUUCAAUUGAAAAAUGUAUGAAUUAUCUUGGGUGUACAAUGUAUAUCAUGCAGAUAUAUGUUCUAAUUCCAUAAAACCACAAGAUUAUUUAUACAGAGCAACAUAGAACAUAUAAGUCUUUAAAACUUAUACCUAAUCUGUGAUAUUUUUUUUUUAAAUUAUGAUAAUGUGUUUUGUAACUUUACUAUUUGAUGAAUAUUAUUGUACAUAUUUGAACAUUUUAAACAUUUAUACUUAUAAAAAGACUUCAUUGCACAUUUUGUAUGUACACACAACACAGUGUCUUUAAAGUCAAUAAGAUCUUAAACAGAAUAUUGUAUAAAGAAAUGAUUCUUUUAUUAUUCCUUUUAUGCAUUUAACUUUCAUAAAAUAUGAAUAAUUUCAUCUUUGGUAAAAGAUUGAAACACGGAAGGCCCAUGAAAGAUUUUUGUUACAUAUCUACGAAAAACUGCCCUCAUUUCACAUGAAUGUUUUCUAGAUUUCAAUAAGAAGUACUGUAUUUUUCAUGGAAUUCACAUUUAGUAGCUUGAUCGACAGGACUACACCACUUCUUCCUUUUUCUCUGCUGGAAACAUCAAUGAAUUUUCCAAUAAUGAGGUUGUGCCUCCCUGUGUGCAGUGCUAAUAUAUGCCAUGGCCACAGCUCACUGUUGUCAAGACCAAAUGCUUUGAUUUAGCAACUAAUGAAAUGGGCUGUAAAAUAUUCCUUAGUCACUGAUGUAUUAUCUCUAAUAGUAAAGAUGUUUUUUAUUCUCUCAUAUCAGUUACUAGUAUAUUGUUUUCUCCAACAUGAUGUUGACCUUAACAUUAAUGUUUUUAAUUUUCAAAUCAAAUAGCAGAUAUAUGGUAAUGUUGAAACAGUUUGCAAUGGUGUAUUGUUGAUAAUCACUUUGUCAUUUUUCUCAUUAUAUUCUGAUUUCAGUAUAGUAUAAUCUUUGAAUAGUUUAUAUUGUACGGUUUAGGUCAAAUCAUUUGACAUUAGCUUUAUGAGAUUUAAUUUUGUGUCAGAUUUAAAAAAGAUACAUUGAAUGACUAGUAUUGAUAAUUUCAAACCUAAGCAAUUUCAAGAUUUUAUAUUGUCUUCGGAAUAUUGACUUCUUUACAGUGUAGACCAAAUUGACUCUGAUUAUAAGAUUUUAUAAAAGAUAAAUAUAUUGAUCAAUUUGUUGGUUAGCUGUAGUUUUUCAAGUCAUGAAAUCUUUUAAUAGCUUUCCAUGGGGUCUUUCUCUUAAACACACAUGCAACUUGAAAUAGUUAUCUUUUGCAUUCAAUAUUUCAUGCCUUAGUGUUAGCUUUAAUGUUCACCUGUGCUUGAGUUGUAGACUUCUAAUUUUCGAAGUAUUUUCUAGCAGGGUUUUAUCUUAUAAUUUUCUUCUUUAUCUUAUAAACAUGAGAAAUUGUUAACAGAUCUUUUUCAUAUUCUUGUCUUCAACAGUGUGAGAAAUUAAUCCAUUGACUAUUGAUUUACAGUCUUGUUUUAAACUCACAUUCUCAUUGAUUCUUUUGUAAGGUUCAUUGUAAAAGCUCUGUAGGGUAAUUUAAUAUGAGAAGUUGACUGUGGUUGAAGUCCUUCAAUCUAUGGAAAUGUCUGACAACGUAUUGAUUAAAUGUAUAAUGUUUUAUAUGAAAUAUCCUUUUAGGACUACACUGAUACAUGUGCAGAUUUAUUAGCAUAAUCAUUAUUUCUCAAUUACGGAAAAAGUUCUAUAGUGACAAUAUUUAUGGUUCAAAGCUUACUUAACGACCUACCGGGUAUGUUAAUUUAAUCCCUGUAUGGUCAAAUUAUUUAUAUUAAUGAUGUAGGUAUUGACACAUUGAUACUUUAAACUAGGAUCAAAAACUUACUUCAUUGCAACCAUAUCAUUUUAAUUCAUUAUUAUCAAUAAAUUGUAUAAAGGAACUUGCAUUGAGAAAUCAAAACAGUUGUAAACAUUUGUAUGUCUCACACAUGUGACAUGUGCUUGGUGUAUUCAUACAUUCUUAUUUAACAAAAAAAUAAUGAUUUUGUACUUUUAUAUUGUAAGUUCAUCUUAGGGCAAACAAAAAAGAUAUAACUUAUUUCCACAUGUAGAUGGUAGAUACAUUAAUAAUGACACAGAUGUAUACAUACAAUGCCUACUGUUGAAAUGUCAGAUUCUUAUUAUGUUUUCUAUAUUUAUAUUAAUUUUAACCAUUAUCUAUUUUAGUGAUUUUAAAUAUUUUAUUGGCAUUUAUUUAGUAUUUCGUAAUAAAAAAAAUCCUGCCAUUUUCUUCAGAAAAACUCUCUCUAUGGUUAUUUUUUGUUGACACAGUUGAACAGUUUUCUACUCCCAAGUUUCUCUUUUUAUCCAUAAUUGAUGGGACUGUAGAUGAAAUAGUCUAUGUCAGAGAUAAAUCAAUCUUUCAUGAUAUUUACUAUUCCAAUGCUUGCCAAUGCUGUGGUGUCCUGGUUUCCAAUAAACCUGUCUAAAGGUGUGUAACUAAUUACCAGUUGUGAACAAUUCCCAGCAAUGGUAGGGCUCAUCUCUCAAGAAAUAUAAUUUAUAUAAUGUUGAUAAUCGAUUACAUACUUUCUCCUUUCUUCAAGUCAGUAUUUAGAUAUUUAUCUAUUGAUCCAUCAAUGCAAUUUUUUGCAACAUUUGUUUUAAAAUGUUUUAACAUAAGACAGAGAAGAAACUUGCUAAGGGCACGGCACGCUGGUCUUAUUUUACAAUUUUCCACUAUUUUUAAUGAUGAAGUAUUUAGGAACCAUUUGUUAGUUUGAUCUUGUUACUGAAUUAUUUUCAUGAUUUUAUUAAGGUAUUGGAUGAAGAUGUCAAUGAAUCUAUCACUUCUGUUGUUAUGUUGUUACAGUACUUCUUAGUUUAUGUAUAUUUUGUUUCUGUUAUACUUAAGUUUCUGUUGAGGAUUGUAUUCUUAUUUAGGGAGCUAUGAAUUCUUACUGAUUGUAUUCAUGAAAGUGUUUUACUAUACAUAUUAAUAUAUAGCCUGAGAUGAACUUUGAAAUGAAACUGUAUAUAGCAUUUAUAUACUUCUGUGAAAUGUCUUGGUUUUACAUGCCAAAUAUUUGUGAGUACAUUUGUAUCUUUUGAAUAUUUUUCCAUGAUGUGUUGAAUGAAUGAUUGACAAAGAUAUUUUAACAAAAAAGUGUAAAAAUUUAAACUAUUAAAUGACACUGCAAUA